AUGUCUCAUCCUUCCAAUCUAGACUCGUCUACCACAACAGAGGUACCAAGGCACGAACGAGAUGGACCUCAACCUGGAUUAACACGCGCCGCCACUUUACCUAUCGAAUUUCAUUCGCAACGAACUGAUCGUUCUCACCUAGCUCCCGAGGACGCUUUCAAUGCAGUACGACCCUCGCGACGACAAUCAGGCUUCGAGCCCAACGGAAUCAACGAGAGCCGCCCCGAGUCUCGGUCUCGGAAGAUGAACUCUAAGCUUGGGAGUAGGAGUAGGAGUAGGCGGCGGAGACGCACUUGGAAGAAAUUAUUAUGGGUCAAGCAGUCUUACCCAGAUAACUACACGGACCAGGCCACGUUCCUGGAAAACCUGCAGCGGAACCCGCGUCUCCAGCCCUAUGAAUUCUGGCUCCUCGUCGCCGACUCAACCGUUAUCUUGCAGCAAGUAUGCUCCGUCAUCGUAUUCGUCGUCUGUUUCGUCGGAAUAUUUCAAGAGCGCGUAUCUCCUGUCGCCGUUGUAGGUUGGGGUAGUUUUGCGACAUUCGUGGGGUGGCUACUAUGGGACUUCUGGGUAGGCCAGGAAGACGAGGACGAAGUACUACAACGGCGCCGCAGCAAUCGCAGCCGCUCUAUACGGGAGCCUAGUAGGAGAGGUGGUUCCAUUGUCGCAGGGGGAACUAGCCAGUCCGCCGCGAGCUCGGUGACGAAUUUAGCUGUCACAGAGCGGUGCUCCCAGGGGAACCCAAUCGCUAUGCGGCAAUCUCAUUCCACCUCUGCCAUUUCCCUCCAGUCCAGCAUCUCGCAAGCAAGUAAUGUAGGCCGGAGAUCUUCCGAGUCCAUUGAUAUGCCAAGCCAUCGUCCCUCAUCUCCUCUUCGGAACGGGAGAGCAAACCUUCGCCUCAGUACCGUUAAAUCCGCCAUUCUUAUUUAUUUUACCCUUUUGGGUCUAUCGCCUAUUUUGAAGUCCCUUACUAGGUCUACGUCAUCUGACAGUAUUUGGGCCAUGUCUUUCUGGCUCUUGGCGAUUAACAUAUUCUUCUAUGAUUAUUCGUCAGGCCCUGUGAAGUUCCCAGCCUCCCUAUCGACUAACGCAGCACUAAUGGCGUCUACGGUGCUAGCAUCUCGCCUACCUUCUACCGGGCAGGUUUUUAGCCUCACAUUAUUCAGUAUCGAGGUGUUUGGUUUGUUUCCCGUCUUUAGACGCUACGCUAGACAUCGGAGCUGGAAGUAUCACGUUACGCUCUCCAUACUACUUGUGAUUGGAGCUGGAGGUGGAGUUGGCUUAAUAGUAGGUGAAGAAAAGGAUGUUGUGUGGCCGUGGAGAAGUGGGCUCCUAGGUGUCAUGGUAGCAGCUAUCAUCGCUGUCGUUGCCAUGGGCGGGUGCAGUUGGUGGCUCAUUGGGCUUCAGAAGUAUAAAAAUGCUAUUAAUGGUCCUUGGGAUCAAGCAAGGCCGAUCAUUAUUAGUCGACGGCUUUGGGAUGACGAAUAG